CUGAAUCACAACCUCAUAGGAGGAGAUCAGAAACCACACAUACACACGGUGCUUCUCAUAACCAAAAGUGGCAUCCAGUCUAGUUUAGACUUCUAGCUUAGACUUCUAGCCUACAGCUCAACCUAUUUAGUCAGUUGAUGAGUCAGGUCGCUACAAACCAAUUCUUUAUUCUUUAAAAAAAGUGAUAAAUAUCUUAUGGAACGUAUUUCUUAAGGCGCAUCCCAUUGUAAUAGAGUCUAGUAAAUUGAGAGCAAGUGAAGUUUUGUUGAGAGAGCGCAGAGAGCGAGGAUGGCUGCACUGAUCAGCGCGUACUCGUCUUGGCCGGAGAGCUUUGAGUGCUCGGCGGGAGAUGGAGACGUGCCCGACGGACAUGGCUCACACAGAACUCCCGUGGACAAGGCGUCGGAGCCGCGCAUCAGGCGGCCCAUGAAUGCGUUCAUGGUCUGGGCCAAAGAUGAGAGGAAGCGCCUGGCUGUCCAAAACCCAGACCUGCACAACGCAGAGCUGAGUAAAAUGCUAGGCAAGUCGUGGAAGGCGCUGACACCCUCCCAGAAGCGUCCGUAUGUGGAGGAGGCAGAGAGGCUGCGGGUGCAGCACAUGCAGGACUACCCCAACUAUAAGUACCGGCCUCGCCGGAAGAAGCAGCUAAAACGCAUCUGUAAACGUGUGGACCCCGGCUUCCUGCUGGGCAGCCUGGCGGGCCCCGACCAGAAUGCCUUGUCCGACCCCCGGAGCCUCUGCCACCCCUUGGGUUUGGAUAAGGACGAGGAUGGGGUUAGUGGUGGUGAUGGAGGUGUUGGGUUCUCAACCCUCUCUUCCCGCAGCCCAGGGCCUCUAUCUGGGGUUAGAUCCUUCAGAGACGUACCGUCCAGCUCCAGCUCCAACAGCUUCGACACCUAUCCCUACGGCCUCCCCACCCCGCCUGAGAUGUCCCCUCUGGAUCACGACCACCCCUCCUACUACCCUUCCUCCUCUUCCUCCUCCUCGUCCGUCUCUUCCCCCGAGGAGCGCCACCAGCACCGUCAGGGUCAGACCCCCGGAGGUGGAGGUGGGGGUCCCAUGUGCCUCAGUCCUUCAUCCUACCACCCUGACUACACCCCCACUCAGACUUCCAUUCACUGUGGUGGCUCCCACUCCCACCUGACCCACCUCUCCCACUUGUCCCAGACCCAGUCCGGAGGCCUCAUCCCUGGGCAUCCUCUGUCCUACUACAACCCAUCCUCCUGGUCCUCCCAGCUCCAGGUCCACCCGGGCCUCAAUCACCCUCACUUAAGGCACCUUUCCCCAGGUCACCACCAACAGCACCACUUGGGUCAGCUAUCCCCUCCUCCCGAGCAGAACCACAGUCAUCUGGAGACUUUGGACCAGCUGAGUCAGGUAGAGCUUCUAGGGGAGGUCGACCGCGAUGAGUUCGACCAGUACCUGAACUCGACGGUGGCAGGCGCUGCGGCAGCAGGAGUGGGGGUGUUCCGUUCCGAACAGGAAGGAGGAGGAACGAUGACGGUGACCGGUCACAUCCAGGUGACAUCGGCCUCAGCUCCGUCUUCUGAGAGCGGCGUCGGGGAAUCCAGCCUGAUCUCUGUGCUGGCGGACGCCACGGCAGCAUACUACAACAACUACGGCAUCUCUUAGACAGGACGAGUUGUCGAGUUACCUGGUUGCCAUGCCUACGCCCGCCGCUCUCGUCGUCACACCUGGAACUGACCAGGGGACAGGAGGAUCAGAACCCCCAACCCCCCCGGUCCAUGUAAUCUCAUUCAUUAUGAUCUAGGAUCUGUCCCCUCCUCUCCAUGUAAUCUGAUUCAUUAUGAUCUAGGAUCUGUCCCCUCCUCUCCAUGUAAUCUGAUUCAUUAUGAUCUAGUAUCAGGCCCCCCCCCCCCGGUCGAUGUAACUUGAUCCAUUAUGAUCUAGGAUCAGCCCCCCUCUCUCUCUCGGCCCCAUACAGGGGCCUGGAGAGAGAGAGAUACAGAGAGAGAAAGAUAUAUAUAUAUAUAUAUAUAGAGAGAGAGCGAGAGACCUCAGGGAUGCUCAGAUCGAGCACUCGUUUGUCACUUCUAUCUGUCUAUUUCCAAAACAGAAUAACAAUCGGGACAGUUUGAGUCGUUGAGGUAAAAUGUCUUAACGUGUUGCCAGUAAGGCUCAGGAUCUCUCAUCUCUUAUCGAAGUACUUUGAUGUUUCACCUAAAUACUUUAUUAUAAUGCUGUUAUUAUGAAUUAUUUCUGUUUUGAAUGUUUAUUAUUUGUUACCCAACAUUAGUUGGGGAGUUUUUACCUCAGUAGUUGAGUAGAAAAUGAUGAUUAGAUGGAUAUUUCUUAUCCAAUUCUCCUAGACAACAUUGUCUGUUGUCACAAAUGGUACCCUGUUCCCUAAAUAAUGCACUACGUUUACCCAGGAACCAUUGGGCUCUAGUCAAAAGUAUUGCACUAUAAAGAGGAAUAGGGUGCCAUUUUGGGACGCUACCCACAGUGUAUCAUGAAGAAAAAUACUUUAUAUACUUUUUUAUUUUGAAGUACUUCAUGUAUAAUCAUAAUCUUUACAAUGAAAAUAGCAAUGAUGAUAACUAUUUACUGUAUGCUGAUUUAUGGUUUGUGAAAUUGAAUUAAUUUAAAAUAAAAGUUCCACUUUUAUAUAAAAAUAUUUGCAACUUGGAUAUAACCACACGCCGACAUGCACAGACUAACAUCAAGGUGUAUCAAAAUAUUUUUUAUCGUUUUGGUAUAAUACUGCAUUAUACUCAAAUAUACAGUACCAGUCAAAUGUUUGGACACACCUACCCAUUCAAGGGUUUUUCUUUAUUUUUACUCUUUUCUGCAUUGUAGAAUAAUAGUGAAGACAUCAAAACUCUGAAAUAACACAUGUAGUAAUCAAAAAACCCCAAAGUGUUAAACAAAUCAAAAUAUAUUGUAUAUUUGAGAUUCUUCAAAUAGCCACCCUUUGCCUUGAUGACAGCUUUACACACUCUUGGCAUUCUCUCAACCAGCUUCAUGAGUGGGGCGUCUUGUUUAUGCCAUGUGUAACUGUUGUUGUUUGUGUCGAACUGCGUUGCUUUAUCUUGACCAGAGGUCGCAGUUGUAAAUGAGAACUUGUUCUCAACUAGCCUACCUGGUUAAAUAAAGGUGUUCUCAACUAGCCUACCUGGUUAAAUAAAGGUGAAAUAAAUAAAACAUUUUUUAAUUGAGGUAGUCACCUGGAAUGCAUUUCAAUUAACAGGUGUGCCUUGUUCAAAGUAAAAAAUGGUGGAAUUCUUUGAGCCAAUCAGGUGUGUUGUGACAAGGUAGGAGUAGUAUACAGAAGAUUUGGUAAAAGUCCAAGUCCAUAUUAUGGCAAGAACAGCCCAAAUAAGCAAAGACAGGGUCAUCAGGGGCGGCAGUGUAGCCUAGUGGUUAGAGCAUUGGACUAGUAACCGAAGGGUUGCAAGUUCAAAUCCCCAAGCUGACAAGGUACAACAUCUGUCGUUCUGCCCCUGAACAGGCAGGUAACACACUGUUCCUAGGCCAUCAUUGAAAUUAAGAAUUUGUUCUUAACUGACUUGCCUAGUAAAAUAAAAUCACUUUAAGUCAUGAAGGUGUGUGUUAUGUCAUAGAGUUGAUGUCUUCACUAUUAUUCUACAAUGUAGAAAAUAGUUUAAAAAAUAAAAUAAAAAAAACCUUGAAUGAGUGGUUGUGUCCAAACUUAUGACUGGUAUUAAAAAUAUUAUAUUCUAAUUAAGAAAGAAGGAGAGAAAGACUACUUUUCUAAAGACAACUGUUUGCUUAUAUUAAGUAUUUUAUUUUAUUGGGGGCAACAAAAAAAACAGUAUUGUGAAUUAUGAAAUUAUCUCAGCAUUGUUUUUCUUCGUAACCAAGAGGAAAACUGGUUACUGGUAAUAUUAUUCGGUCUGGGAUGUUGAUAGGAGUGCUUCACCAAUGCCUGCUCGGACUAUGCUGGGCCCCUGCAAGAAGCCUGAAGCCUCGUUGUUACUCGUGGUCCCCCCCUCUCUCUGUUUUUUCCUCCUCUCUCUCUCUCUUUCUCUUUCUCUCUGUCCCUCUGUCUCCCUUUCUCUCUCCCUCUCUCUAUCCCUCUUCCCCCCCCUCUUCUUUAUAAACUGUAGUUGUACAGUGAAAUUAAUAAAACAAAUAAAUCUGCA